CUCACUCUCCUCCCCCUCUCGGUCUCUUUUUCCCUGCUCUCUUUCCCACAUCCUCUCUUGUUCUCUCUGCAUCUUAUCCGACCCCUCCUCUUUCUUCUGCUUCCAUUCAGAUUAUUUACCCAUCUCCUCCUCACUUACCUCUGCUGUGUCUUUCUCCUCCCUCUCUUCUCCGUCUUCCUUGUCGCUGCUGCCUCACCCUCACAUCCCUCCCUUCCUAUCACACUCCCGCCCUCCUCCUCCUCCUCCUGCUCUUGGAGACCUUCAGAGCUGCCCAGCACACACUUGCACAUAGCAUAACACUCUGCUCUCCUGCGUGGGAAAACAUGUCAGCUAUUCUGGACCUGGACCAGAUUGCAUGCUCUGGGAAUGGAGUGGAGCAUGACAUAGAGACUCCCCAUGGCGUUCUCCAUGUGACGAUGAGAGGCGUUCCCAAGGGCAACAGACCCGUCAUCCUCACCUAUCACGACAUCGGCCUCAACCACAAGUCAUGCUUCAACACCCUGUUCAACUACGAGGACAUGCAGGAGAUCACGCAGCACUUUGCAGUGGUUCACGUGGACGCGCCCGGGCAGCAGGAGGGUGCCCCUCCCUUCCCCAGCGGUUAUCGCUACCCCACCAUGGAGGAGCUGGCUGAAAUGCUGCCCUCUGUGAUGACUCAGCUAAAGGUCAACAGCAUGAUCGGCAUCGGCGUGGGAGCAGGAGCCUACAUCCUCUCGCUCUUUGCACUGAACCACCCCAGCCUGGUGGAGGGUCUGGUUCUGAUCAAUGUGGACCCCUGUGCCGAGGGCUGGAUCGACUGGGCCGCUUCAAAGCUGUCUGGAUGGACCAGUGAUCUGGUGGAUAUCAUCAUGUCUCACCACUUCAGCGCCGAUGAGCUGUCCGACAACCUGGAGCUGAUCCAGACCUACCGCCUCCACAUCGCUCAAGACAUCAACCAGGACAACCUGGCCCUCUUCUGUGGCUCCUACCAAUACCGUCAGGACCUUGAUAUCGAGAGGCCAAUCGUGGGUCUGAACGAGGACACAGUUAAAACACUAAAAUGCCCUGCGUUGCUGGUGGUCGGUGACACGGCCCCUGCUGUGGAGGCUGUGGUGGAGUGUAAUUCCAGGUUAAAUCCAAUCAAGACUACACUGCUAAAGAUGGCUGAUUGUGGAGGCUUACCCCAAGUUGUGCAGCCAGGGAAACUUGCUGAGGCCUUCAAGUACUUUGUUCAGGGAAUGGGCUACAUUCCCUACGUUCUUCUCAGUCACCUGAGCAACGAAUCAGUGGCGACAGCAGGAAUGACUCGGCUGGCUCGCUCCCGCACCGCCUCCUCCUCCUCCAUCACCUCCAUGGACAGCAGUCGCAGCCGCAACAACCUCAACAGCCUGCUGGAGGGCAGCGCCACCGGGGGUCUGGACAACCAGGUCGGACCCCAGACCAUGGAGGUCUCCUGCUAAACCCAAAAUUUUCACGUUGUCUUUGUUUUAAAUGUCUUCACACAUACUGUAGACGUCCUCCACGUGUUCAAAGUAAGGUUUUUUUAAAUGAUGCAGUUCUACACCCGGCUCUCUCCUGUUGUGAUCUCUAAACUCAUUGAUUCUGAGCCACUCUGUCUUUGUGUUUUAAUCCCAAACGUUCUGCAAUGUGAACUAGUCACAAAGUGCACAGAGGGAUCACUCGACCUGCUGUAGCUGCAGAAAUCAAGUGAAGGAGCAUUGCAGACUGUAGCGCACUUUCAUCUUAUCUAAACUCAAGCUUGUGGAGUGAGCUGCUUUUAAAAACAUGCCUGUAGUGUACCAGUGUUUCAGCAUCACUCCACCUAUUUUGUAUUCUUUUUGUCACGAAGCUCAUCUCCCUUUUUUCUUUCUGUGUUAAUUUUUUUUUGUUCAGUGAUUUUAACAAGUGGGUCAUGAUGUGAAAAGUAUUGAGUCAUUCUCUGAGGGGCCAGUGGUGCUUCUCACUGUCUGCUGAUUCAACUCAUUUAUAUUACUACUGAAUAAAGCUUCAACAUGA